GCAGCCGUGUCUUGUUGGACUCGCUGCUUAAUCCAGCUUCAGAGUUUCUCCCCUGCCUGUGUGUCGCUUUGCACAACUUUCUUCUGAGAGUCAGCUCUAACAAACAAGUGUGGGAUUGUUUUUCAUUAUCUCUUCUGCUCUGUGAUUGGCUGUUUGUAUACCUCCAAACUCUAUAUAAUCCCGCUGCCCUCCUCAUUCUGAGCAGAACUCACCGUCCCCAGCUAUGGCUAUUCUACUAAUGGUCUCUGCUUUAAUGUGCCUUUUUGGGAUCACCUCCUGCUAUCCGCCUACAUGCUACACCAAGGUGUUGAGUCUGGGGAAGGAAAUCACGGAACGGGCCCAGAGCAUGAGGAGCAGUGCAGUCACUGAAAGGUGUGCUUCAGAUUUGCCAAAGAUAUACAUUGACGUCCAUAACUCUUGUGUGAUGCCCAAAAUGCGUGGUUACCUGACAUCCCUUGAAAGUCUUGGUGAAAGGCACUGCUUGGAUGAUCAAAAAGUGCAGGCCCAGAUGCUGGCAGUUCGCCGCUUGUAUCUCAUCAUGGCACAGCGAUGUCAUGGGGAACUUGUCUUUUACAGAGAUGACUGUGCUGAACUAGAAAGAAAAGCAACGCAUUACACCUAGGAAGAAUUCUGCUUCUCACACACUCCCGAUUUGUCGUAAGCAAGUUACGGAGAAUGGAGUUAAGAUUCCAGCAGACACCAUAAUCCUUCUGUAGAACGCUGCUAUUGAAUUUAGGCUUGUAACGUGGACAUAUAUGGAGCACUGCAGCAUGGCGCUGAUGGCAUCGUAAGCUUUUGUGAUAUAAUGUCAAUAAAAUUACAUUCUUCUAUUUUGUGAUGCUCUUUUAGUAUUAAGUUAACAAUAAACACGUUUUCUAAUUCUG